ACUUCGCGCGUUUUUCACUGUUUCAAUUGAAAACCUGUCAAAUAGGCAUCAUGCCAUAUUUGUGUACGAUAUUAGACAUUACUUUAGACAUCACUGUAAGUAACGUUAUACGAAUAAUAUAAUCUGAUAACGUAUCCUCAAAAAUAUUAGUUACUCAGUGCCCGCUGAACGUUAACUUAAGAUUUAGCGUUAGCUGGGAGAGGUAACGCUAACGUUAAUGUUAGCUAACAUUAACAGCAGACAUCAUUAAGCUAAUGGAAAUGUAACGUUACUUUUACAUUAACAUUACUGGGAAGCGGGAGUGCUGGUGCUCCCGGAGUAACGUUAACUGUAAACAUACUUAAGCAGUUACUUAAACUCCGGAGCAGUGAGGCAAUACAGGGGACAAAGUUAAAGUUAGAUGUUGAACGUAACUUAAGUUAGCUAGAAAUAGUUUAGCUUAUGUCAAACAUAUGUACAUGAAGUGUCGAAAGUAAGUUAACAUUAGGUUAAUGGUAUUGCCAAACAGGUGAAACAAGGUCAACUUAGCUUGUCAACGGUUAACGUUGGUUAACAUAACUUUAUCAUCACUAACAUUUCGAAAAAUCUGACCAACUAGGUUAACAAAUAACGUUACAUCGACCAUCACUUAGUUAUAGAAGUUUAUUCCUGUUGAAGAAGCGCUAAGAUUGGCAGGUUGAUGUGUGCAAUUGGCCUUUACAGCCAUUUUAAAGACAGCAGAGGCCAAGUGACAGUAAAGCUGAUCCCCGGAAGGAAGAAUGGGACCGGGACAGAACUCACAGUUGGAGAAAGUAAUUGAUGAGGCGUUAAAGAGUGGAGAUGUCCAAGCUCUAGAUGUAUUCUUGCAAAGGGACAUCUAUGAGGGGACCCCCAUAAAAUGUUCCCAACAGUUUCUUUCAAAAUUGGAUAAACUUGUCAGCAGGAGUUUGGAUCAAAAUAAUACCAAAUCAGCGAGUUUGGGUCUUACAAUCCUCUACAAGUGUGGGAAAAACCUGGAACUACCUGGUUGUUGUCAAGGGCUGUCAGGAAUAAUAGCUCAAGGCCUGCUGAAAAAGAUGGUGCAUUGGUUUGAGAAAUGCAGGCAACUGUGGAUCCAGUGUGGCCCACAGUGGGAUGAGAUCUUGUUCAACCUCUCUGAGGACUUCUUUGAUGCCUUAAUGGUGGUCCAUGAUGCAGGCAAGGAAGGAGCAUACAAAAUCACAGAGUCCUUCCUGUAUCCUGUUGGUCAUUUGGCAGUAGACCCCAGAAUCUAUAUCCUGAUCCAAAAAGAGGCAAUUCGUAAAUUUAACUUAAUGCUGGACAAAAUCCCAGUGGAGCUGAAGAAAAAGAGGAAACUCUUAACAUCACAGGAUGCCUCAGAUAUUAUGACCAAGCUGGCUGGUCAAAUAUUGGAGGCAGGUGAUUACGACUUGCAGAUAGCCCUGAUGGAGGCAUUGUGCAGAAUGGCCACUCCUGACCAGAGGAAGGAGCUGGCGGAUCGAUGGUUCAGCAUGGAACAUGUGGCCAGCGCCUUUGUCAAGAUUUGUGAUUCCGAGUUUGAGACGGAUUGUCGCAAGUUUCUGAACUUGGUGAAUGGGAUGCAGGGAGACAAGAGAAGAGUGUAUUCCUACCCUUGUUUGGAGGUCUAUCUGGACAAGUAUGAGCUGCUGAUGCCCGCUGAUGAGAAGCUGGAAGAAUACUGGAUAGACUUCAACCUUGGCAGCCACAGCCUCUCCUUUUACUUCUCUUUGACUGAUGAAGAAGCGCGGGAGGGCCAGUGGGAAACGAUAUGCAUCAACGAGAAUGAAGUCCAAAGCUACACUGUUACAGAGGAAGGCCGGAGGCAAGUCUUGCAGUUAAAGCUGUCAGAGGUGGUGGUCGUGGGUGCGGUGGAAGGAUCAAGUCUUACCAUCCACUUCAGCUCCUCCCUGGACGUCAUGCAGGCUGCUCGUAGCGUCUAUGGCCACAGCAAAAACAAAGGCUUUGUGGGAAAGACAGGCACAUCUGUAGUGAAGACUACAGUAAAAAUUAUAAUGGAAGAGAACAGCUGCCAGGUUGUUCCGGAGAGUCAGGUGUCCCUUGGAGACAGUGAGAAAAAUACUGCCCCCUACUGUUUAUCUGUCUCAUCUGCACCUGUACAGAUGGUGACCCCAGCCAAGAUGAGGAUUUCAGAGUCUACCACCUUCAACAGCAGUGUGCGUGGUGACGGUUCCCUUUCUGCUGUGAUGCUAUCCAACACUCCUGCCAGGGUUAAAGGGAAGCCAUCUCUGGAGAUGGUUCGUUCAUGUGAUAAGCAAGGGGAAUUUUACCUGGGAGAGCUAAGGACGACCACUAAGACCUGCAGUCAUGGCACAACACCUAACAGCGCAACAGCAGGUGGCAUGUUAGAGCAGAGCACGGCUUCCAAACAGACCAGUAAGGAUAAGGUUGGCAAACACAAAAAGAACAUACCAGUGGAAAAAGCAGCCGAUAUAGUUCUUGCUGGACAGGGAGAAGAACAGGCUCUGGAGCAAACUUUUGUGCCUGACACCCAACCCAGAACCGGAAGAAACAUAUCUUCUAACUGGAGCAAACUGUCAGUUUCUGAAAUGCUAACGAUGCCCACACAGAAAAUCAAUUCUCUGCCAAGACCUGAGCCUCGUCCAUGUUCUGCACAACAGCAGGAGCACCUGUCCUCAACACAGCGAUUGUCAGUUCCAGUCCUCGGCCCAAUCAGCGAAAAGCAACUCAAUACCAAACUCACACAGCGCCUGCGGCAGGUCCUCCGUGAGAGGAACCAAGAUCCUGCACCUCAGGAGCCUGCUGCACCCCAGAGAAAAAUGUUGGGCAUCACAGAGGACUCUAAAGGCAGAAACUCUGUGGACUGGUGUGCUUCCACAGUGUGCACUCCGAAAGAGCAGCCGGCCCAGAGUAAUGGCCCGGCUGAAAGCAAAGGCCUGAUGUCAAUGGAGGCAGAUGCUGCUCUAAUCAAAGGUCCAGCCAAGGUCUCCACAACCAAAUCUCUGCAGCAGCAAAAACCACCUAACAUUAAGGGUGAAACAAACCUGUCAAGCAAAAUUAAGAGAGAUGCAGAGGUUGCGGGCAGCAUGGUGAAGCUCAUCUCUAGUCGCUAUGAGAUUAACUCCCAGUCCACAGCAAAAUAUACUGCAGGAAAAAUCCCUCCGAGCUGGAGUCCUCCUAUUGUCAACAGGCCGACCUUCAAUAUGAGCUGGUUAUCAACUGCUAAAAGAGAUGUAUCUGGAGCAGUAAGCCUAAUGAAAUCCUACAGCAAAACCACAACAAGUUCUAUGAGGCAGAGAAAAGAUAUAUUUGCAUUUAACAUUGAUGUACCAUUGAGCAUUGAGGGAAAGGACAAAACCUUCACUAACACUUCUGCCACAUCGAGCAGUGGCAUCCAUGACUCAGUACCCCUCAACAAGACCAAGGAAGGACAACCUGUGGCAAAAGAGAAGCGGCAUGUGAAGAAGCAUCUGUUCAGUGACACAGACACAGACCAUGCCAUGACAGACGUCAGCUGGCUGAGGGAGUCGAGCAGGAAACCCAAACCCAAAGUUACCAAAUACUCCAGGCAGGCGCCUAUCAAACCGAAAGCUGUGUCACCUCAUACUUCAUAUGAAUCCCCGGAUUUACCCCCACCCUCUCAAAAACCUGUAAACUGCAAUACCAAACGCAGUAAGAAGAAGCCUGGUGUGAAGGAGAGAGUGGAGCAGCCAAAGAAGACUGUGAAGCCAGUGGCAGCAGGCAGGAGGCCCCAGAGAGCAGCAGCUGCCUCAACCAAGAGCUACAGGGAGCCAGACACCGAUGACAGCCAGUCAGAAUCAGAGACGCCUCUUGUUCCCAAGCACUCCUCCACUAAUCAUCUGGAGAAUGCUGAGAAAUCUCACGAGGCUGCUCAAGUUAUAAAUAAAAAGACUGCCAGCAAACAACCAACCAAAAGUGAUGUGAAGCUAGAGAGCAGCAAUCAUAGCAGCCAGUCGGAGUCAGAGGAGCCACCCACGUCCAAGGUAGAGGAAUGUUUUGUUGGCCAGCAGGGGAAAAAUGAGAAGACCCGUUCAGAGGUUCCAGAGGUAAAGAAGAGAAAAAACACCUCCUCUGAGCAAUCCACAGAUACAUACAAGAGACUGGACAGAAACAACCAGUCAGAUCUAAAAAAGCCAUCUGGUCUCAAGCGGCAGAGGCCUGAGAAAGUUGUUCCAGAAACGUCGAGGUUAAAUAAGAAAAAUGACGUCCCUGCUCAAGAACACACGGCUGCAUUGAAGGAUUCCUGGGCCGCCCGCCAGACCUCGUUUUGUCCAUCCCCUCCUUCCAUUGAGAGGAUGAGAUCUGCUGAGAGGUCAGCCCCAACCUCUGGGUUGACCUGCUUCCCUCUGCUCACCCCGCGGGGAUCUCCACUCCCUCCUUCCCCUGACCCUCUCUGCCAGGACACCCCCUCGCCAAUCCUGCUGCUCCCCAAACCUCGCUCUACGGUCAGCAGUACAGGAAACUUCAAGACUCCCUCUUUCUACAGUGCAGAAAAGAAGUGCAGCUCAUCCAAGACUCUGUCCAUCCGGUCUGUUCCCUCUCUCCCUUCACUGACCCCUAUAGGUCAAACCCCUGCACUCGGGGCUCCCACUGGACCUAGUGCAGCAGAGAUAAGUCCAGUCCAGCAUGGCCUACCUUCCCCAUCUCAAUCUCCUUUGUCUCCGUCCACUGUCCCUCUGUUGACAUCCACACUUCUUGAGCUACACAAGCCGUCCAUGCCCUCUGCUCCUCAGUCACCGUUCCCUGAAGACACCGCCGACCAUGGCCGCAAUUAUGGCUUUAGUAAAGUGUCUUCAGUAUCACUGAGCCAGUCUACUAAGUCAUCAGUACUCACUACUAGAGUUGAGGACAGCCCCACUGCUGCCAUGGCCGUCUUUCAUAAAAAAGAGAAAACACCACCUUCAGACCAAGGCCUAAAGCCUGCAGAGCUUCAUAUGUCAGGACCCAGUCGCAAGCGACAAAACUUCUCGUCCAGUAAUUCCGAGGAAGAUGAGAAGGAAGAGAGGAAGAAAAGCAAACUUAGAGAGCAGCGUUCUCCUCGGAUGAAACCGAGGAAGUUAUUCAAGUCCUGUAUGACAUGUCCUGUCACUGAGGUGUCUGCUGAGGGAGAGGUGAGCCGGGUGAUAGACGUCGACAUAGACGAGGAUUUGGAGUUGCCAAAAAUUGCUGUAAACCCGAGAGACCUGUGCCAGCAAUUCAGCUCUGAGCUAAAGAAGAAGUUCCAGAAUCGUUACAAGAUGAUGGAGGUUUACAACAAGCAGUCUUUGAAGACCGUCCAGCAACAUGUCACCUCCCUCAACAUGCAAGUUUCCAAAUACAGGACUCAGAGGCUUGAACAGGUUCAGGAGGUCCUCUUGGAAGAAAUCCACAAGUUAGAGCAGGAUGACUCUGUGCUGAAAAACAUGGAGAAAGACCUGACUUUGUACUGGAAAAAGCAGACCAUGGCAUUCCGUUCUUACCAGGAGCUGGAAACCAGGAGAAAUGAGACCCUGAAGAAAGCCCUCCAGACUAACGCGUGUCAUAGCUUGGAGUACGAGGAGAGAAUCUUCACAUCCCAGAUGUGCCUGAUAAGAAAAGACAUGAAGUCAGUUCAGGACAGACUCCUCAGUCAGAUGCAAGAGGGGGAGCUCGAGAGUGUGAAGAGAGGUCUGCAUGCUUUGUUUUUCCCCUGAUGGAGCCAGAUUUAGAAUUGAACAAAGUCCCGGCAAAGGUCACAACAUUAUAGACAAGGUGGUGUAUUUCACCACAUGAUACACACUGUGCUGUGUACUUCAGCUCUGCUGAUUUCAUUUCAAAGUGAUUGCCUGAAGUGUUUUCCUGGUUCUGCUUUUAUUGAAUGUGGAUGUGUUAGGUUUAUUCUGACCUGGAUGUGUUGUUGCCAUGUUUGUUUUUAUUAGUUUUAAAUAUUAAAUUAUUCUGAUAUUUAUUAUUUGACAUUUAUAAAUUCAAUCAUUUUUAGUGUUCUUUGACAGUAAUUAGAGCCAAUACGCUUUUUUCCAUGUCUUAUUUUCUUGGCUCUGUUUUUAAUAAUAAAAUCCAAUUUAUUCAUGUAAGUUAGUUAAGUACUGCAACACGGCCAGCUAAACAUUUAAAAUGUUACAUCUAUCAGCUGUUUUUAAAUUCCUCUUAAACUUUGAUUCUUAAUUCAAAAUAAAAAGUGUUUAAAAAAUGA